UUCUGCUGUAUGUUAAACUCAUGCCCUUCUCCCAGAGCUGAAACCCUAGCGGAGCUUCUCCCUUUGAUUUGUUUACACGGAGCACCACGUGGGAUGCAAGUUCCCAGAGGCUUGGCUCCGAAAGGCAAAUGGGUCCCGAAAGCAGACUAUGGCGGCGUGGGCAGGACAAGUGUGCCUUCAAGGAAGGGCUGCUGGACUUGGAACCGGGACGGGGAAUUUCUCUAAAAGAGAAGUUGUUCUGAUUUUCAUCCUGGGAGGGAACUUGUUUGUGGCCGACCACUAAGACUUGUGGGAGGCUCCAGAUGUUGCUGCAGGAGCACAGCCCAGCCAGUGGUUUGUUGGUGUGAUGCCACCCCUCUUGACACUGCCCUUCAGGCGUCUCAUCUGGUCCUUGGCCUCGAGUCAGCUGGCUCCCAGAAGACACAGAGGACAUAGCCUCCUGCAUACAGCUCCAGAGGCCUGCACAGAUGGGAAUGCCCCAGUGUUCAUCCGCGCCCUGGCCUUUGGGGACAGGAUUGCCCUUAUUGACAAACAUGGCCGUCACACCUACAGGGAGCUUUAUGACCGCAGCCUUUGCCUGGCCCAGGAGAUCUGCAGGCUUCGGGGUUGUAAGGUUGGGGACCUCCAGGAGGAGAGGAUUUCCUUCCUGUGCACCAAUGAUGUCUCCUAUGUUGUAGCUCAGUGGGCCUCCUGGAUGAGUGGUGGUGUUGCCGUCCCACUCUACUGGAAGCACCCUGAGGCCCAGCUGGAGUACUUCAUCCAGGACUCCCGGAGCUCUGUGCUCAUGGUUGGCCAGGAGUACCUGGAGCGGCUAAGUCCAGUGGCCCAGAGGCUGGGAGUCCCUCUUCUGCCCCUCACACCUGCCAUCUACCAUGGAGCAGCAGAGCAGCCCAUAGAGCAGCUGGUCCAAGAGAGGGAAUGGCGUGACCGGGGUGCUAUGAUCUUCUACACCAGUGGGACCACAGGGAAGCCCAAGGGUGCACUGAGCACCCACCGUAACAUAGCAGCUGUGGUAACUGGGCUGGUCCAUACAUGGGCAUGGACAAAACAUGACGUGAUCCUUCAUGUCCUCCCUCUGCACCACGUCCACGGCGUGGUCAACAAGCUGCUCUGUCCGCUCUGGGUAGGAGCCACCUGUGUGAUGCUGCCGGAGUUCAGUGCUCAGCAGGUUUGGGAAAAGUUCUUGAGUUCAGAAGCUCCACGGAUUAAUGUAUUUAUGGCAGUGCCCACGAUCUACAGCAAACUGCUGGAUUACUAUGACAAACAUUUCACACAGCCCCAUGUCCAGGACUUUGUGCGUGCAGUUUGUGAAGAAAAGAUCAGGCUGAUGGUGUCAGGCUCAGCUGCCCUGCCUGUCCCCCUGCUGGAGAAGUGGAAGAACGCCACGGGCCACACGCUACUGGAGCGCUAUGGCAUGACGGAGAUUGGCAUGGCCCUGUCCAACCCCCUGACGGAGGCUCGCCUGCCAGGUUCUGUGGGGACCCCACUGCCAGGAGUGGCGGUACGCAUCGUCUCAGAAGACCCGCAAAAGGGUUCUCCCUACAUCAUCCAUGCAGAGGGAAAUGAGAAGGAGACAAAGGUGACCCCGGGGUUCGAGGAAAAGGAAGGAGAGCUGCUAGUUAGGGGACCCUCUGUGUUUCGAGAAUACUGGGAUAAGCCAGAAGAAACUAAAAAUGCUUUCACUUCGGACGGCUGGUUCAGAACAGGAGACACUGCUGUGUUCAAGAAUGAUAGGUACUGGAUCCGAGGGCGGACGUCUGUGGACAUCAUCAAGACUGGAGGCUAUAAAGUCAGCGCCCUGGAGAUUGAGCGGCACCUGCUGGCCCACCCCAGCAUCACAGAUGUUGCUGUGAUUGGAGUUCCGGACAUGACAUGGGGCCAGCGGGUCACAGCUGUAGUGGCCCUUCAAGAAGGGGCCUCACUGUCACACAGGGAUCUCAAGGAAUGGGCCAGAGGUGUCCUGGCACCCUAUGCUCUGCCCUCGGAGCUCUUGCUGGUGGAGGAGAUUCCACGGAACCAGAUGGGCAAAGUGAAUAAGAAGGAGCUUCUUAGGCAGUUCUACCCCUCGUGACCAGAGGAGCCAGCGGGCCGAGGCCAGAGGACAGCAGACAUCCCCUGAUGAUCAUGUGCUGUGGGCCUGCAGCAGGCCCAGAGAUCCUUGAAUGGAAACAAACCCCUCCCCUGCAAUCAGGUUAACCAGAUUUGAAAACACUGGGAUGAAAUCACCAAGUGAGGCUCCCCCCACCCUAGGUUGAUUGUUCAAGCUCGGGUGACCCUGACCACUGGCUGUGUCGCCUUGAGAUCACUGAUGUGUGUCUGUCUCGCAAGCACAGGAAGGACAUGGCUGUGGCCAGUGUGUGGCCAGCUCCCUGGUGCCCAGAGCUGCUGACUCUCCUAAGGGCAGGUCCCAGAGAGUCAGGCGACGCUGGGGAAAGUUAUGAAAUAAAGGCAGAGAACAGUGCCCUGUGCUUUCUGCCUCUGA